AUGAAGGAAGCACGUGCAGAGCCCGUUUGUGCAGAGGAAGCACUGGAUCUACUAAACUGUGUAGCACAAUCGCCUUAUGAUCAAGACAAAUGUGUCCGUCUCUUGCAAACUUUGAGAGAGUGUGUGCUUAAUAAGAAAGUGAAGAAGUUCUCACUAGCUGAUCAGGACCAGCAGGAAGCAAAUUCAGUCUCCAAGAAAGCUUGA